AUGCGCACGCUUGAAGGCCACCUAACACUCACGCUUCCAGAAUUUUUGACUGAAUAUUCUUUCCUCUCAAGUUUCACUUCAAAUGAUCACCACUUUCAGGAAGAUCACGAAAAACUAAUACAAGAGAUACAGAAGUUGCAAGAAAAUAGGAAAAAAGAUGAAAAAAGACUCAAUGAACUAAGAAAACAAAUAGAAGCAAAUGAGGGAAACAGCGGAAGUAAAAAAAGAAUACGCAAAAAACUAGAAAAAGAAUACGAAGAGCUGCGAAAAACGCUAGGCGUUGGUGAAGAGCUUAAGGAGAAUGCAGAAAGAGCAAACGAUUCCAAUGAGAAUAGAUUAUCGUUUAAAGCAGAUGAAAACAUACACUUAGAUGAGCAGCAUCCAGAAGCAAAACCAAUUCAAAAGAAUGAAUACGGUAUCUAUGAACACAUUAGAAAUAUAAAGACAGUUAAAGAACGAAUGCAGCAAAGGAAGAAAAUUGAAUCGGAAGCGGAAGAUGCAUUUAAUAAUGGAAUAGCCAAUUUGUGUGAACUAGAAACAGAUAUCGGUAAUAUGAUAAAACGAAUGACCAGUCCAGUUAUCCAGAAAUUUGAAGAAGAAUUAAAAUUGAUUCGGAAGAAAAGUAGCAAAGACACAAAAAUGCUGAAAAUAGAAAUAGCAAAAUUGGAAAGGCAGAUAAACAAAAUUUACGAGGCGCGUGAAAUAUGUGUAACAACAAUUGCUGAAAUGAAUUUAACCACCAAAAGGAUGCUUUUCGAUUUAAUGGGCUUUAUGGUGAAUAUUUUACGAAAUGCUCUAUACAUUGGCGCAUGGAUACGUGAUUCACUAGUUUAUUACACAGAGAAUAAAUGA